AUGGUCAAGGUGCUUUUCGAGACCGCCGUAGGCUUCUGCCUCUUCAAUGUUUCCGACUCGUCCAAGCUCGAGGCCACAAAGAACCUCCACGAGUCGCUCGACUCUGCUGAGGGUGCUAGCAACCUGCUCAAGCUCUCGGCCAUCCACCGCUUCACCAACACUGCCGAGGCCGUCGAAGAUAUCUCUGCCAUCAACGAAGGCAAGAUGAGCAAGAGCCUCAAAAAGUUUCUUACUGACGAAAUCGUUGAGGGCAAGGGCAAGGAGAAGGAGAACCUCAUUGUCGCCGAAUCCAAGCUUGCUUCCAACAUUGCCAAGAAGCUCGGCAUCCAGGUCACGUACGAUAGCGAACUCCUCGACCUCUACCGUGGCAUCCGCGAGAACCUGGCCACACUCCUCUCUUCUUCCUCCGGCGACGAGUCGCUCGACCCUCGUGAUCUCAACACCAUGAGCCUUGGUCUUUCGCACAGUCUGAGUCGUUACAAGCUCAAGUUUAGCCCUGACAAGGUCGACACCAUGGUCGUACAAGCGAUUGGCCUGCUCGACGACCUCGACAAGGAGAUCAACAUUUAUGCUAUGCGUGUCAAGGAAUGGUACGGCUGGCACUUCCCCGAGAUGGGCAAGAUCAUCACCGACAACCUCGCCUACGCCAAGGUGAUCCGCGCCAUGGGCUUCCGAACCAACGCUUCCGCCACCGACUUUAGCGAGAUCCUGCCAGAGGAAAUUGAGGAGACCCUGAAAGCCGCCGCCGAAAUCUCGAUGGGCACCGAAAUCUCGGAAACCGAUCUGGAGCACAUUUGGAGCCUUUGCGACCAGGUUAUCUCCAUCACGCAGUACCGCACGCAGCUCUACCAGUACCUCCAGAACCGCAUGGCUGCCAUUGCUCCCAACCUCACUGCGCUGGUCGGCGACCUGGUCGGUGCUCGGCUCAUCAGCCACGCCGGUUCGCUCAUGAAUCUCGCCAAGCACCCUGCGUCGACGGUCCAGAUUCUCGGUGCCGAAAAGGCGCUCUUCCGAGCACUCAAGACCAAGCACGACACGCCCAAGUACGGUCUCAUCUACCACAGCUCGCUCGUCGGUCAAGCGCCACAGAAGCUCAAGGGUAAGAUGGCCCGAAUGGUGGCUACCAAAGCCGCACUUUCGAUCCGCCUCGAUGCGCUCGCUGACGCCGACACCAAGAGCGACGAGGGCGCUCCCACUGUGGGUAUCGAGGCACGUGCCAAGCUCGAGUCGCGUCUGCGUGCUCUCGAGAUGCAGAGCGGUCUUUCGGGCAUGCGCUCGGCAAGAAACGCUGCUGGCGACCAGGGCCACAAGCAAAAGGGCUUCCAAAUGGAGGCUGGUGGUCGAUCGUACAACGCUGCUGCUGACGCUGCCGGCCCUAGUGACAUGGCUUCCGCUGCUAACAUGGCGCCAUCCAUGCUACCCUCGACACCAGCCAAGCCUUCCACCACCACCGAUGAGGAGAAGAAGCUGUCCAAGGAAGAGCGAAAGGCGCUCAAGAAGGCGAGGAAAUCGGAAAUCGCUGCUUCUGAGCCCGCUACCCCCGCGGCCGCUUCCGAGGCUGGUGACGAUAAGCUGAGCAAGGAAGAACGCAAGGCGCUCAAGAAGGCCAAGAAGGAUGCCAACGGCGUUGAGACACCCAAGAAGGAAAAGAAGGACAAGAAAAAACGUUCCGCAGACGAGGCCGACGUCAACGGCACACCCAAAUCCGAACCAGGGUCGAGCAAAAAGAAGAAGUCCAAGAAGGAUUAG